AUGUGGAUGAUAGGUGAUGUGGCUCAAUCAUUGUAUAUUAAAUCACGUAAAUUUAAAAUUUAUAAAACUAGAAAAUACGACUUUUCAAAUAUUUAAAAGUAUUUUUUAAAAAAUAUAUCAAUUAUAAUUCAAUAAAAAAUCAAAAAUAGUGAUAAUUUUCUAAGUUGAUCACAAGGAUGUAAUAUAACAUCUAGUAAUUAUUCAGAAUUUUUUUCAAUAAAUAAGAUUUUCUAUGAAUUUUAUACUAAAAAAUGAAAAGAAAAUAUAUUUAAAAUUCACGAAAAAGGAAAAUAAGGUGCAGACGUUAGGAUGACGUCAAUGCCUGGUGAAUGUGAAUCGGGUAGAAAUAGAGUUCCACCUGGCAGUUCUUACGUAAGCGAUUACAGAUGAUUUAAUUAAUCAAAUUAAGAUCUGUAAAAGUCAAAAGAAUCAUAAGUGAACAAAUAUUUGGGUAAAUUAAAAACACAAAAAUUAUCAUUAAAUGAAACGUAAAGUAAGUUGAAAGUAGGAAAACAAAGUUCCGACGUCACGAUGGUGAUGCGUCGAUGAUGCAUUAGAAUCCUGAACAUUUGGGAGGAUCAUUGUGUAGUGUCUACGGCCUCGAAGGCUUUCCUUGGACAAAGACGAUGUAGGUAAUUUUUAAAUCUCCUUGCAAAGUUUAGAGAUCAAUGAAGUAGGUCGUCGAAUCAUCUCUGGUGGCUGUCACCUAGCAGAGCGGAAAAAUGGUGACUUUGCGGUUCUUCGGUGGCUGUCACCUAACGGAGAGGAGUUGGAUGGAGGUGAGGCGCGUGUCAGGGAGCUUCAUCCUCAGGUAUGCGCAAUAAGAGGAGGCUCUUCAUCGCAUCUGGUACGCUCUCAGGAGGUGGCGACUUGUCUCUCGGUAGAUCAUCUUCUUCUCGAUGA